UACCCAAAAGAAAAAUGAUUCUGACAGUCUCCCAUUUUUAAGAAAGGUGAGUACCACUGUAUCUGUUUCCUGGGAAGGCAGCAGGCCCAGAGAGGUAUUGGGAUUUACCGUAAGUUCGCAGACAGACUCAGUCUAACAAACCCCUGACCCUGCACACUGCCUCAGAAGUAAAUGUGGUGACAAGGUAUGUGAAACCCACGGGGUUGGGGCUGAGAGGCAGGGAAGCUGAAACAAAAAGGGAAACCAGGGGAGUCUGCCUUCUGUGCCCUUCACAGCCCCAAGAUUAAGUGCCCAUGCUGGGAGCAAGUCUACUAGAAGCCAAGCUGUUUGUCGUAAGAGUUUUUACAUUUAAGAACUCAAGAGUUUUUCAGACAAGACGCAGACAGGCUCACUGUCCAAAUGCACUUAAGUAACAAGUGGCAAUUUAAACCAGGGCAUUCUGGCUCUGUGGUCGAGGUGCCAAGAUGGGUGGUAAUCAGCCCAGGGUCACACAGCCAGAGACCCAGAGCUAAGAGAUACUGGCUCCCUCCAGCCCAUGAAAAAGCAACGACGCCUCAGUCCUACCCAGCUGGGGGCGGAGCAGAGGUGGAGCCAGGGAGACCCAGGUGGCUCUGAGAACCACAGCACAGGUGGCAGAGUGGCCCGGAGCAGCAUGAAGCAGAGCUGGGGACCAGGGAUGCUCGUCCUGGGAGUACUAGUCCUAGAGGGUCUUCAAGCAGCUCAGCGUGCUUGUGGACAGCGUGGACCUGGCCCCCCCGAGCCUCAGGAGGGCAACACAGUACCUGGCGAGUGGCCCUGGCAAGCCAGCGUGCGGAGGCAGGGAGUCCACAUCUGCAGCGGCUCCCUGGUAGCAGACACCUGGGUCCUCACUGCCGCCCACUGCUUUGAAAAGGCAGCUGCAACAGAACUGAAUACCUGGUCCAUUGUUCUGGGUUCUCUGCAGCGUGAGGGGCUGAGUCCUGGGGCUGAGGAGGUGGGGGUAGCUGCCCUGCAGUUACCCAGGGCCUUUAACCACUACAGCCAGGGCUCAGACCUGGCCCUGUUACGGCUUGCCCACCCCACGACCCGCACACCCCUCUGCCUGCCCCAGACUGCCCAUCAUUUCCCCUUUGGAGCCUCUUGCUGGGCCACUGGUUGGGAUCAAGAUACCGGUGAUGCUCCCAGGACCCUCCGGAACCUGCGCCUUCGUCUAAUCAGCCGCCCCACAUGUAACUGUCUCUACAACCGGCUGCACCAGCGUCCGCUGGCCAGCCCAGCCCAGCCCGGGAUGCUGUGUGGGGGUGCCCAGCCUGGGGUACAGGGACCCUGCCAGGGAGAUUCUGGGGGCCCUGUGCUGUGCCAAGAGCCCAGUGGAUACUGGGUUCAGGCUGGGAUCAUCAGCUUCGCCUCAAGAUGUGCCCAGGAAGAUACUCCUGUGCUCCUGACCGACACAGCUGCUCACAGCUCCUGGCUGCAGGCUCGAGCUCAGGGAGCAGCCUUUCUGGCCCAGAACGCAGGGACCCUGGAGACCAGUGAUGAGGACAGCUGUGUAGCCUGUGGAUCACUGAGGAGAGAGGGUCCGCGGGCAGGAGCUCCCUCUCCAUGGCCCUGGGAUGCCAGGCUGAAGCACCAGGGGAAGCUAGCCUGUGGUGGAGCCAUGGUAUCAGAGGAGGUGGUGCUGGCAGCUGCCCACUGCUUCAUCGGGCGCCAGACCCUGGAAGAGUGGAGCGUAGGGCUCGGGGCUGGAUCAGAGGAAUGGGGCCUGAAGCAACUCAUUCUACACGGGGCCUACACACACCCAGAAGGGGGCUACGAUGUGGCCCUCUUGUUGCUGGCCCAGCCUGUGACACUGGGCCCCAGCCUGCGACCGCUUUGCCUGCCCUAUGCUGACCAGCACCUGCCUGAUGGGGACCGUGGCUGGGUCCUGGGGUUGGCCCAAGAAGCAGGCAUCAGCUCCCUGCAGGCAGUGCCUGUGACCCUCCUGGGGCCUGGGGCCUGUGGCCGGCUGUACACAGUCCCUGGGGGCGAAAGCAUCCCCAUUCUGCCAGAGAUGGUGUGUACCAGUGUUGUGGGUGAGCUGCCCCACUGUGAGGGCCUAUCAGGGGCACCGCUAGUGCGUGAGGUGAGGGGCACGUGGUUCCUGGCUGGGCUACAGAGCUUUGGGGAUGCCUGCCAAGGCCGUGGAAGGCCCGCCGUCUUCACAGCACUGCCUGCCUAUGAGGACUGGGUCAGCAGUUUAGACUGGCAGGUCUACUUUGCCGAGGAGCCGGAACCUGAGGAACAAGCAUCAGGGCCUGAUGUGGAGGCUGGGAGCUGCCCGGCCAAUUCACGCCAACCUGCCAGCCUUUGACAAGUGGCUCUAGGCUGUUCACAGGACAUGGGAAAAGCGUGACAACUCCUGUGUCCAUAUGCCUACUCUUCCUUGUGCUCCCAAGUGUGUUCCAGGGCCUGGGGCAGGCCUAA